GUCUUAACAACAUGCUCUACUAUGUUCUCCAUGUUUAUUCAAAGGGAUUAUAUGGACACACGGAAAGAUAUGAUGUUUUUAGGACUUCAGCACUUGAGGUUUUAUGAUCCCCGAGUCUGUUGAGAAGGUUUGUCCUCAAUUUCUUUCUCAGGUGAAGUUUGUUUUCAUCCCCCGGAGUGUGCGUGAAAGGCACCUUCAGCUGGCAGGCUGCAUGCUGGGGGUGGGGUCGGGGCCUUAACGAUGAGUUAUUUUCAACCAGAACAAAACUGCCGCUGUUGAAACAACCUGAUUUGUGUCCCAAGGAGAAAAGCACUGCCCCAGUGUCACACGCAGUAUCUCACGCCUCAUUAUAAUGUGAUGUUUUCACACAUAAAGACCUUUACCUGAUGCAAAGCUUUGGAAAUUGAAUUCUUCAUGCCGCCUUUAUUAGCAUAAAUAUGCUGCGAAAGAAAGCCCAUUGUUCGUUUUGCAGUCCUCUGUAGGAGAAAACUCCCUAACCUGAUAGCACACUUGAAGUGAACACAAAUGAGAACUUAGUUACAAACUUCGAGUAAGGGUUUCCUUCUGGGAGACUGAAGGAUUAUGUUUCUGUGCGCGCAUUGAAGAGCCGUCGGUCCACAGGAGCUCGAAGACCUCCGCAGACCAGAUCUCUUCAGAGGAGUAUACAGCUUGAUAUAUACGAUUAUUGAUAUAUACAAUUUCCGUUAUGGAUCAUUUGACGGAGAAUAACUCGACGGCGGAGACCCUGGAAUACCCGGUGUGCUCAGAAUGGAAGGAGAAUCCCGAAGGAUCAAUGUUUCAUCUCGCGCAUAUACUGCUGAUUUUAGGAUUUAUGGGAGGCAGCGGCUUUUACGGAUUGCUCUACAUGUUCAGCUUUUUAACGCUCGGGUUUUUCUGCUAUUCGAUGUGGGCAUGGUCCGACCCCUGCACGACCGACUCGUUUUCGUGGACCUUCGCGCUUUUCGCCUUCUGCCUGGCGCAAGUUGUCCACGUGUCCUACCGACUGCGCAGCGUCACUUUCGAUAAAGAGUUCCAGGAUCUCUACGAGCACCUGUUCAAAAAACUCGGAGUGUCCUUGAUACAUUUCGGAAAGAUCGUGGAGUGUUGUGACGGCGACGUCUACACUAUAGAUAAAGACCACUGCUUCGCCGUGGAGGGCAAAACCCCCAUAGACAGGCUUUCGGUGCUUAUCUCAGGCAGGAUAAGAGUGACGGUGAACGGGGAGUUUUUGCACUUCAUCGAUCCAUUUCAGUUCCUGGACUCUCCGGAGUGGGAUUCCCUCAGACCUUCGGAAGAAGGGGUCUUUCAGGUUACUUUGCGUGCGGACAACCGGUGCAGGUACGUGGCGUGGAGACGAAAGAAACUCUACCUGCUGUUCGCGCAGCACCGCUACGUCGCGAAGAUCUUCGCGCUCCUGGUGCGCAACGACAUCGCGGAGAAGCUCUUCUCUCUCAACGACAAGGCUUUCGACAUCCGCGGGUUCCGCUACGAUCUCCGGUUACCAAGCUUCUGUCACGGGCCGGAGCCAGAAAUAGAAAACACGAGUGAAUCCCAGCCGGUGCUGGGACAGAGUAAAACCAAACCGGCGGAAAGAGACUCCUCUGUAGUCGUGACUGAUUAAUCGCCUACGUUGUUGUGUUUUCUUUUUUAUAUAUAUUAUGUAAGCUUUAGGUUUUCCCCCAAACGUUUUUUUGUCUUUGUUUCAUGCAUUCGCUGUUUGGUUCAUCCGUGCAAUUUAUCAACAUGAACAAUCCCGAAAUUAUUCAGGAGGCGAAGUUUCUCUCCUAUAGGAAACGUUUGAGCCACUCAUAUUUGGAGGUUAACUGCUGAAUCAAGCUCUCGCGUGAAGACGGAUAGUUUCACCUCUCUGCAUCAUCAGUGCUUCCUAAAUCGCAUGAAAUACAAUAAAGUCAACCUGAGAUUUUUGCUUGUGUCUAUAAUAACCAAUCUUACAGAGCCACAGGUUCUAAUGAAGGGGCCGUUUCAGAAGCGAGGGAGACGUUAUAGCCAGUUUUUGUUAUUUUUUUAAUCUUCGUAUUGUCCUAUGCAUAUGUGUGUUUUGCGUAAAUGGAAACAACCGUGCAGUUGUCCUACACCAUCAGGCCUAUCCGCAACCUUAUUUCCAAUAAAAACCAUAACCAGA